AGAUCUGUGUUGUGUGCCAGGACCACGCUGCAUACCAGCCAGCGCUUAAACCAGCAAGAAGAGUUAUCCUUCCGCUCCGGUUGGUACAUUUAUUCAAAGCAGAUGUGAACACGAGUGAUUGGACGUCUGCACAGAAAGAGGGAGCUUUAUUUUACAGUGCGGACUCCGGAUGAAGAUGGUGCUCGUCGAGAAAACGAGAAUUGCCUCUUCAUCCUAGAACAAGGCUUAACUAAGGACAAAAAUAUAUUCUUGAGCACUGAUGGAUGGACCUCCGUCAAUAUCUUCACAAGCUGCUACUAUGCUGACCCAUGACACAAUGAGGCAUCAGCAAGCUCGGACAACAAAGGACUUAUUGCAGUAUAGGACAGUGAACAUGAAUGUCUGGCCAACACAAACUCAUUACACCUUUCAAGAUGGAGCUUACACUAACAGGCAGACAUCAAAUCAGCAAACUUCAUCACUUCCUCAUCAGGCAGUUUCCUCUGAGCAGCCAGCUGGGAGAAAGAAUAACAGUUACUUUAAUUUUUCACUCAGCAACUUAACUAACAUGCAAAGUGGGAACCCUUGUUCGCCGGCCACUAAUGGAUAUCAAGGGGUUGCUCAGCAGGCUUUUUAUCAGAAUUCUGCUCAGAAUUCAAAAACCCAGACUCUGCCCAACAUGAUGACUACAUACUCCCAGAAAAACAUGUCAGCACACUGGAACCAGCCGGUUACAGUUCAUGUGACACAAUCAAGAAGGGCCCAGGAUGGCAACGAUGUGCCUGAUCCCCAACAUUGUGUGCAGAAAAGCUUGUAUCAAAAUGUGAAUGGAAAGCUGACUAAAUCCUGGCCUGUGUCCUUUAUAACAUCUACCUCACUUCCACAUGAACAAGCGGUUUGCACCAGCACAUUGGUGUCUGCCAGUGCACACAACAGGCAGACUGUUAAUAACCAGAAUCACAGACAAAAUAUCAUUCAGCAUGGAUUCUCUCCUUCCAUGCCCUCACCAAGUUACAACUACAGCGCUGCAACAAACUCGCCAUCAAGUGGACCAAUUUGGAACGAUUCCAGCAGGAGUCAGAGAAGUCAGCAAUACUCAGCUCAGCUCAACCCGGCACAUGACAGUGGGGGAGAGGCCACCUCCUCCAUGAACUCAGACUCAAAUAGCUGCCGGUUUGAAGAAAGGCGUUUUGUGCAAAAAGCAGAUGAGCGUAGAUUAAAUCCUGCUGAUGCACGGCAGCAAAUGCUCCUUUGCUUAGUAGCUCAGACGAUCGCAAAACCUGCUGACAAUCUACAGAAGUCGUACGUCGCUGGCUCAGAUGGUCUUCGUCCAGUGCAUCGUACUAGUUCACCUUACAUGGAGAAGCAGUUUGACGAGGCCAGAAUGGCGCAGCGUAAUCCAGCUGUGCAACCUGCCACCCAGUUUUUACGGCUCGUCCCUGGCCAAUCUUUGCCUAACACCACCCAGAAUGUUAUGUCAAGAACACAGCACACUGUAAAUGCACCACCUCAUCAAAGCUCUCUACCAGAUGUCUUCUUUGGCACAGCAACAGGAGAUCGAAGUGGAAAUGGAAGUAACGCAGGCAAUGCCUUUUUUCCUGAAAAUAACAGCUUCUCAAAAGGAAAUCUAGUUGGAUCUUCAACUGAUGCAUCUCAGCAGAUGCAGCUGCCUAAGAGCAUUUCACCACAGAGAACUGAGACCCAAUCAUGUGUAGUAAACAAUUCUGAAAUGCUCGCAUCAGUCAAACAAAAUGACGGCUCCAUUUACUCACCCCCUGGUUGCACAGGCACGAGAGUGGUUGCUGUCGUGCAACCACUGUCACAGGAAAGUUACCAGGUUGCCAGCAAGCAAAUCUCUUCUAACACCAUCAAUCAACUGGGUGAGUGCACUUCCCCAGAUAAAAGUUUGAUUUUCCUGGAAAACCCAAAUCAAAAGAAGUCCAACAGAUCUGCAGUCAGGCAUUCAGCAGCAUCCAGUGAUGGUACUCUUGUGUCAUCUUCUGAUUCAGCUGGGCCCCAUGACCUGCCACAAAAACAGUUAUGUGCAAAUGACAGAGAAUCUGAACUGGAUACUAGCAUGCAGGUAGACCAGCAUGUUGCACCACCUGCUCAGCAGUCAGUAACUUCUGAGGUACCAGUAAGCCAAAAUGGGGAAAGGAACAACAGUGAGAAGCCAACAGAUCCGAAGGCCUGUUUUUUUGAUCUGUCCUCAAUUCCAGCUACCCCAUGGACAGCUACUGCAUUAGGUAACUUGAUACUCGAAGCUGAAACAGGCCAGAUGGAGUUAAAAGAUUUUACAAAGCUUGCUUCUGUGGACAAAUUGUUAAGCAUGUUUUGGGAUGGCAGCAGUAAAACGUUGGUAUAUAAACUCAAGACAGGCUGGUACAAGGAUUUAAUCACUGAUAUUAAGGAAUUCUGCAGCAAAUAUGUAACAUCAGACUCUGUAAUACUGUCACAAGUACAACAAAGCUCUUCGGAGCAACUUAAAAGCUACCACGUGCUCAAAGACAAUGAAGUUUAUUCAGAAUUGCCCUACAGAUCAUCAUGGUUGAAUGUCAAUAAGCAGGUAGAUGACAUAGAUAAAGGGUUUGGCUUCCCGUGGUAUUUUAGGCAUCAUCUUCACACACUUGACAGUGGCAACCAGCCAGAUCAGGUCGGGACAGUCAACAGCAUUCAUUCACCAGUUGUAAGCGAAGUGCCAAACAAAGUCUCGUCACAGACAGAGCUUGAGCCUGGUGACUCAGGUGAAGAAAAACAAGCCUCCACUGCUGAAACUAUCCCAACUCAACCUUCCUCUCCUGUUGAGACAGAUUCUAGUGACCCAUAUUACUCAUUUAAAAUCCAAGUUUUGCCUCCAGAAGAAGCAAAAGUUAUCUUUGAACAAGUACAAAGUCAGACACAACAAAGUAUGGACACGGACAGUCAACCAGAGAAAGUCGUGAGGAGUUCUGUGGAGGAUGAGCUUCCUGAUGUUAGAGAUGUCACAUUGAGGGACGCAGAACAGGAGAACAGUGUCAUCCCUCCAGUAGACCAAGUUUGCUGCUUUUCAAGGUGGUUGGAAAAAAUUGUUAGGCCGGAUAGCCCCUCUCUGACUGAAUGCGAGUGCAAAAAAGAGCAAAAUCAUAAAGUCUGGACUGACAAGACCCUUGAUAAGGAAGCAACAACAGUACAAAAGAAUGAUAAUUUGUGUGUGAUCGGGUUUGACCGUAAAUUCCACUCUGCGAAACAAGGAGAGAGUCAAGCAAAGACUGGAGGAAACAUCAACAAACAAAUUAUGACAUGUAGUUGGCCUGAUCAGUGCAAUGAUCUCAGUCAAACUAUUGACUUAGAUGACGAGAAACCAGGCUCACAUUCUGACAACAGAGCAAAGAGCAUUUCCCAGAUAAGCAUAAAUGAUAGCCAGUCGAGCAUUAUCAUCAUAAGUGACGAGGGAGAUGAAGAGCUCUCCGGCAGUGAAAGUGAAAUUCCCAACCAGAUCCCGCAUUUUGUCUCUCCGAUGUCAGAACCUGAGGAGGACCGUGUACGAGAUCAGCUGAAAUCAGCAGGAAGUAGUCAGUCAAGCAGUUCGGACAAUAGCAAGGAAAAAAUCAAAAAUGUCCUCAGCAGUGAAUGUGCGAGCCACAUGUCAAACCCCGAAGCAGACCGUGCACAAGCUAAGCUGACAUCUACAGAUUUGGCAGAGUCAUCACUAGAAACAGAAGAAGAACAAACUCAAGUUUGUGCGACGGCUGCCCUCCAGACAACUUUCAGUCUCAGCGAUAAACUUGAAAACUUAAAAAGAAAGACGAAAGCACAAAGCAGUCACGAACAAAUGUCUCCAUUUCUGAAGAAAUUAAAGAAAUGCAGACCUUCUCUUUGUCUGGAUUCAGAGCCUGUUUUGAAAGGUGUAAAACAUAAGAAGGUUUUUGUUGAUUCUACCAAUAGUGAACCCUCAGCGUCAAACGACAGACUCGUAGAACUGGUGCUGUUUGGGUCUGCACGUCAAAGGAAAUGUGUUUUAAAUGACAAUGCAAAGAGCCGUGUCUCCUCUCCAGAGGGUUCGUCUGGUGCAGUACAGAGGCCUCCAGAAAUUCUCUCUGUGAAUCUCAAUUCCUUGACGAGAAAGUCCAGUGUUCCCACUGGGGAAUAUUCAGUCAAACGAUGGAUUCAUGAAAAAUGGAGGGGAAGUUAUCUGCCCAUUAAAACUAAGCACAGAAGGAAACUGAAAAAACAGAAGCGUACUUUUGCCGAUUUUUCUGGGGUGAGUCUCAAUAAAGUUGAAACGGCUGGCUCCACCAACACCGAGGAGCUGCCAGUUUCCUCUGAAAUGAGGAUCUGUAAUACCAAGCGGCGGCUUAGUCUGAAGAGGAGGAGCGCUGUCUCUAACAGACUCAAACUGGGAGAAGAGGAUAUGAGGGAAGAUGUGGCUACGCGCAAAUGGCCUGGCCAAGAGAGACGCAAUGCUGAAAAUGGAAGCCACGCUGUCGUUCCUCUGGAGGAGAACAGUGGCCUGAGGUUCAGCGUGUUACCAGACACCUUCAGCUUUGCAGAUGGGUCCAACAGCAGAAAGGGAGAUGCGGCCGCAGAUAACUCUGACCUUGUUGAAGGAAAGGACAGGAGCCUCAGUAAAACUACCACGACGGCAAAAGAUACAUGGUGUCCACGUUCUGAGAAGAGAUUUUGCCCUCUACGCUCGCCACCUGUCCCCAACACCUCCAGCCUCUUUCAGGAGUUUCAGAAGAAAUACAUGGAGAAGAGACGGCCGUCCAUGGACAAAAGCGACAGAUUUUAAGUCAGAUAUUUUUCUUCUCUCUGGGCAGUUCUUCAUUUGAGAAAUUUGUAAGUCAGAGCAGUAAAUUGAAAUUUUGUAUUAUAUUGGCAUUAAACAGUCUGCCAAUCAAGUUACCACUAUAUGAGGUACUCACGUGUUCGCAUCUUUUUGCACAUAAAGUUGUCUACAUUAAAACUUUUAAGUAAUUCAGUUUUGUACAGUUCCUAAUGUCUCACAAAAAAUGUUCUAUGCAAAAAUGUAACUUUCAUAAAGUCUGUUAAAAGUUUGAGCCUAUAUUUUUUUACAUGAAGAAUAUUUUUUAGGUUUUUCAGAUUUUUUUUAGAUUUUUCAGAUUCUUUUUUAUAUUUUAUAAAUACAUUUGCUACGCAUUAUAAAUACAUUAUAGUUUUUUAUGUGCUUUGGGAAGUGCAGUUUUAUUUUUGACACUAAAUAUCUUGUUAAAAUCCCCAAAAGCCUCCUUAAACGUCCGUACAUUUUGUACUUAGGAGGUUAACAUGAGUGGCCUGUUUGCCAGUUCAACACACAGAAAUGUCUGGGUUAAACAAACAAACAAGUCAUCAUUCUUUUUUAUGUUGCUCUUUGCAGCUGUUUGUACUCUAUCACUGAAUUAUAAUAAAUUCUCCUGUCUUGCAGUUUUUGUCUGUUUACAGUGUAUUGUUGUGAAGGUGCAUAGGUGGGUAAAGGGUAAUGUGUGACUGCUGGUGUGCUGUCCAAGGUGAGAGAGGAGAAUACAAGGAAGUGUGGCCCUGCAAAACGGGCUUGCAAUGGGCAUGAUGUUUGCUGGCCAAGGAGUCUGCCAUUGCUUGUACGUUGUUUAAAUCACUACUGUUUUACUCUAUAUUCUUGAAAUCAAUUGUGAUUGUUAUGUUCAGUUCUCAUAUAUGGUGAAUAAAUGAUUGAAAACCU